AUGGCCUCCGACUACAUCCCGACCCGUGUCUUCCUUGCCGCCGAGCCCACCGAGUCCGCCACCAUCCCUGAAGAAGAGGAAUACUACUCAUCAUGGUCGCUCUUCCUCGUCUGCAUGCUCCUCGUCAUCUCCCUCUGGACAUCCUACUACCUGCAGAUCAAGCGGAUUCGUGCCAUCCAUGAAACUCUUGUCGCUAUUGGUGCUGGGAUGGUCGUGGGCUUGGUGGUCCGGCUAGCCCCCGGUACUGAGAUACGAGGAAUGCUGACGUUCAAACACACAUUGUUUUUCAACCUACUCCUCCCUCCCAUCAUCCUCAACUCAGGGUACGAAUUGAAGCAAGAGAACUUCUUCCGCAACUUCGGAUCCAUCCUAGUGUUCGCAUUCCUCGGAACGUUUAUCUCAGCUGUAGGAGUAGGAAUUAUCGUCUUCAUUUGGUCCUCGCUAGGACUGGAGUCCCUCGGACUGUCCUUGAUUGAGUGCCUGAUUUUUGGGUCAACACUAUCCGCCACCGACCCGGUAACCAUCCUUGCCAUCUUCAAUCAGUACAAGGUGGACCCCAAACUGUACACCGUCAUUUUCGGUGAAUCUCUUCUGAACGAUGCCGUCAGUAUCGUUAUGUACGAAACGCUGUCGCAGUUCCACGGCUCGGAUUUCUCCGUUUCGCACCUGUUCCAUGGUACCGGCAUCUUCUUGCUCUCCUUCGGGAUCUCCAUGGCUCUCGGGGUUGUCUUCGGCCUCGCGAUGUCCCUUCUCCUCAAGCACUCCUCCCUGUCCCUCUACCCAUCGAUCGAAACGUGCCUCGUCGCGCUCUGCGCGUACAUGUGCUACUUCUUUUCGAACGGCAUCUCAAAGUCGGGCAUCGUCUCGCUCCUCUUUUGCGGAAUCACCCUCAAACACUACGCCUAUCACACGAUGUCCCGGCGAACGCAGCGAGCAACAAAAUACAUCUUCUCCACCCUCGCGCAGCUUUCGGAAAACUUCAUCUUCAUCUACCUCGGCCUCUCGCUCUUCACCAGCCCGCCGUCAUCCGCAAAGGUCACCAGCUACGUCAAGCCCCUAUUCAUCAUCGUCACCACGGUAGCGGUCGUCUUCACUCGCUACGCCGCAGUCUUCCCACUGUCCGAGAUGAUCAACCUCUUCCACCGUCACGCGCGUGGGCAGCGGCAAGAGGAACUCCCGCAUUCGUACCAGAUGAUGCUGUUUUGGGCCGGUCUGCGCGGUGCCGUGGGGGUGGCGCUCGCUGCGGGCUUCCAGGGUGAGAACGCGGAGUCGAUGCGGACGACGGUCCUCGUUGUGGUCGUCCUAACGGUUGUCGUGUUCGGUGGCACGACGGCGCGGAUGCUGGAAGUUCUUGGGAUCCGGACAGGGGUAGAAGAUGAUGAAGCGGGCAGCAGCGACGAAGAAGAAGAUAUCCGGAGCCAAUUCUUCCGACGCACCGGCCGGUGGUCCCGCAUACCCGAGGACGAUGCGGGCUACUUCUCGGAGCACUCUCGCACAAGGCGCGGCGUCGGCGUUGGCCUACAACCACCACUCGCAACACAUGCCCUUCAGCGCCCGGCCGCGCAGAGCAACACGCUCUUCUCCGCCGCAUCCUCCGAUUCCUAUGACUCGGACGGCGGCGAAGUGCUCCCACUCGCGCCGGCCGCGACGGACAGUCCGCGGCGCAAGUCGCGAGACGAUGGGCCCGCCGGCCUCUCCACGUCCGCCGCGGCGUCGACCGAAGACGGGAAGUGGUUCCAGGCGCUGGACGAGCGGUAUCUGCUCCCGUUGUUCUCGAACGCGACCGCGAGCCGCUCGUUCCACGCGCGGCGCGCACGGCGCUCGCAGGCCGCGUCGCCGCAGGCCGGUGCAAGCCAGGGCGGGAGCCGCGUGGAGAGCGACGACGAGCUCGACGACGGGCCAGAGGUCGACCUCACCGCGCCGCGACCAACGAGCACGCACCACCCGUUCCCACCCACGCCGGGCGUGCGCGACGAGGUGCGGAACGAGCGCGGGCUCGGGAGCCCUGUCCUCCGCGGCCCGCGGGAUAGCGAGGGGCAGAGCCGCGAUCGGGUGUCGUGA